AUGUCUACAGCUGUCAUUGCCGACCAGCCAGAGCCCCCAGCCCGCCUUUUCUUUGGCCGGUCGUCGACAGAAUCGUCGUCCAGGCAUUCUAGAACGGCAUCGACUUCGAAGGGCCAAUGGUCGAAACUCGGGGGCUUGGGGCGACAGCGCAAUCAGUCCGAUGCCUCGUCGCAAAAAAUGUUGAUAUCUGCCCCGACCGAUUUUCGACAUUUGACAUCUGGGUCUCGACACGCCUUCCCGGCUAUGCCUCUGAGCAUGAAUCCUAUCGAGACACGCCGCGCACCGCAGGCGCAAGAGUUUCUACAGUUUCCUCAUCCAUCGGCGUCGGAGCAGGAUUGGGAGUCGGAUUAUCGACGUGAGAGUGUCCCCCCUUUUGAGCCGCUUGAGCUCAGCAUAUACACAAGGCAGAGCCCUCUCCUGCCUCAGCUCGAGCUUCCAUUCAUUGGACCCUCACCUCCACCAGCAUAUGCAAGAGAAGAGUCGCAGCGCAUCGCAGUGCUACAUUCCCAGAGAAGCAUGCCGUUGUUGUUCCGCGUCUCGUCACAUUCGCCUGAUGUGAGCGAUGGGAACUCCAGCCCAAAGUCGCUGACCUGCACAACUACGACCUCGAGGCAGGCAGCGCGGUUAAGAUCACAUACUUCACCCGAUGUUGAGGCUAUAAGAGACCAGGUAGCCAAUGCAAUGCAGGAAGUAGAAAGGCUGCAGAAGAAAAUUGAGGACGUUAUGGAGAGGCAGAGCAUGUAUACUCCAAGCCGGCCGUCGAGUGCGCAUUCGUCUGACUCGCUCGCUCGAACAUUGAUACCCGAUUUGGAACCCAUGCCAUCAAUCCCAGCGCUGCCUCCAUCAGCCCCGUCGUUUGCGGAGCGACUCCACGGCGAGGCUGACGGAUUGCCUACAGGGACUGCCACUUCAGCAUACACAACAGAUGAGGCAGGCCUCACACAAGGCACUAGACGCUAUCAACGACGGCCGCCACCAGCACUUGAGGGUAAGGACAAGGCCAAGGCCAUGGCGCCACUGCCGCUGGUUCUACGGCCGCCCUUGCGAAAGAAGAAGCCAUUUUCCGAGGGGUUAUCCGGCUUCGUGUUCCCAAUACCACCACGAAAGAUCAGUUUGGAUAGUGUUGGGAACAAUCCGCGGCCCAUCAAGCAGACGAAUGAGUUAUAUCAGUGUGUACCUGUCAACGGAGCCCACAUUAGCUACGAGUCCCUGCACUCACUUUCAAGUAGCCGUGACGGGGGCAAUAGCGAGGCACAAAGCGUUCACUCCUCUUAUUUGCCAACAACCCCUCGCGAGUUACCCGUUGAGCGUUGCGCGACGUUUGGGCAAGACGCAAAGGGGCUGUCGAUGAGCGUUGGCGUCGCCCUCUAA